AUGGCAAAUGACUACAUGGAGGUCAACGAAAUAUUUGUCACCAGUUUCCCUAGGAGGGUUUCCAACAUUCCAAUAAAAACGACGUGUCCAUACUGCGGGAACAACAUCAUCACCGUCACUAGCUACGUCCCUGGCAUCAUCACCUGGUUAAUGUGCACGGGCCUCUUCCUGUUUGGGUGCGUUAUAGGCUGCUGCCUCAUCCCGUUCUGCAUCGACAGCCUGAUGGACGUGCGGCACUCCUGCCCUGUGUGCCGCCACGAGCUCUACUACUUCCGGCGACUGUGA